AAUCUAAACCGUUUUUCUCGUGCUGUUUACUCCAAGAAGAACGUGUAAAUGGCUCUGUUGAUGUUACGUGUUUUCUUGUCUGCAUUAUUUGUCAGUGAAAUAUCUUCUGAAGCUUCCCAAUGCACAAAAAAUAACGAUUGCAUUCCACUGUCACAAUGCAACCCUCAGUAUUUAAGUAGCAUCCUCUAUCCAUGCCACAGCGGACUGAAUUUGUAUUGUUGUCCCACAAAGGCAGCAAAAAAUGAAACCAUCACCAAUCUUCUCAAUAGAAGAAAGCAUUUGUUUCCAGUUAAUUGUGGAGUUGUCGCUAUCGACAACAAAAUCACAGGAGGAGACAUUGCUGAUUUGGGACAAUUUCCAUGGAUGGCAUUGUUAGGAUAUAAACAAAAAAGAGUGGACUUCAUAGAAUACUUGUGUGGUGGUACCAUAAUAACAGAGACGUAUGUCUUGACUGCUGCGCAUUGCAUUGGAGUAGGAAAACAUCAUAAACUAGUCCAGGUAAGGUUGGGAGAACACGAUUUACGAUCAUCGACCGAUUGUCAGGUGUAUCACGGUAAGAGAGUUUGUUCAGACAACCCCGUGGACAUUCCUGUGCUCAGUACACUCAGACACCCAAAUUACCAUACAAGAACAUUGAAAAAUGACAUAGCCCUGGUGAGACUGAAAACAAUUAUAACUUUUACUGACUUUAUACAACCGAUAUGUCUGCCAUUUGAAAGGAAGUUGGACAAGAAGGUUUUUACUGGUCAAAAGUUCAUAGUAUGUGGUUGGGGAAAAACCGACUCAA